GGGCGCUGGUUUCAAGAGCUGAAUUUAUACCAGAGCGGCCUGGGCCAAGGUGGCAAGGGGCUCGGAAAGGGAGGCGCCAAGCGUCAUCGCAAGGUGUUGCGUGAUAACAUCCAGGGUAUCACCAAGCCUGCAAUCCGUCGUCUUGCCCGUCGUGGUGGUGUCAAGCGUAUCUCUGGUCUCAUCUAUGAAGAAACCCGUGGUGUGCUCAAGGUGUUCCUCGAGAACGUGAUCCGUGACGCCGUCACCUACAACGAGCAUGCUAAGAGGAAGACUGUCACUGCCAUGGACGUUGUCUACGCUCUCAAGCGCCAGGGACGUACCCUGUACGGUUUCGGAGGUUAA